AUGUCAACCAGCCUCCUCCCGGCCCUCGAGCGCCCGGGGAGAACCGAUGACAUCCGCAGCAGAGCCCAGAAAAUGGCUCGUCAGGAAGGGCUGGUGGGAGCCUCGGUGCUGGGCUUCGUGGCCGACCUGUCGCUGGGCUCUCCCGCGGGCCCCCCAAGGGGCGCGGCCCGCCUGGACCUCUACGAGCUCGCCCCCGGGCCCCCCUUUGGGGACACAGCCUUGGCCCUGCGCCAGGGGCUGCCUCUGAGCACCUUCGGGGAUGGGGACCAGGAGGAGGAGGAGGAGGAGGAGGCGGCGCAGAGGCGAGGGGCCACGGCCCUCCUGGACAGACCCAAGCGAAAGCGGGUCAUCACCUCCGCCCAGCGCCAGGCGGCCAACAUCAGGGAGAGGAAGAGGAUGUUCAACCUCAACGAAGCCUUUGACGAGCUGAGGAAGAAGGUGCCCACCUUCGCCUACGAGAAGAGGCUGUCCAGGAUAGAGACCUUGCGCCUGGCCAUCGUCUACAUCUCCUUCAUGACGGAACUGCUGGACAGCUGCAGCCAGGAGGAGGCGAGCUAG